AUGAGUGUUUUCAAAGUGAAAGAACCAAAGUCAGGAGGUGUAAACAUCAUCAACUACGGUAACAAUCAAACGGGUGAGGGGUUUUGGAAGCCGGUUUUGGCAAAGUUUCUUGAGUUAAUGGACCAAGGGACGUAUCGAGAUAUCGACUCUGUGUCUUCUAAGUGGCGAAAAAUGAGCGGGUUCGUCAAUAGGUUUUCCGAAGAAUAUAAUAAAAUAUAUUCAAGUGGGCGUCGUAGCGGGAUGAGCGACGAGGAUGUGUUUAAAAAGGCGUUGGAUGUUUACAAGUCGAACCAUGGUACCACAUUCGCACACGUUCAGGCGUGGGAAAUUAUUCGAAUGGCCCAAAAAUGGGCGCUGGUUCCGAACGAGGUGGAGAUGGCAAAGAGGCAAAGGACAUCGGAAUCCGGUAAUUAUAGCCCCGGCGGAUUGGACGUGAGAUGUCACAUAAACUUAAACGAUGGCGCCGAGUUCGAUGAAGAAGAAUACGCCGUAAAGGAAGCGUACACCAAGAUCACGGCCCAAAAGGCGAGGGCGAAGGAGCGGGCGAUCAAAGAAAAGUCACACGUGGCGGGAGAAAAGUUACGCGUGGCGGGAGAAAAGAUACGAUUGUACGAUGAUAAGGUUCGGCUCAAGGAGUAG